GUACUUGUUUUUCAUUUAUAGACAUCCCGGGAUCUGAUGUGCUUCAUUCAGUUUGAGAAUAUGAACGUUUAUUAUGGUUCUCAACACAAAGUGAAAUAUAAGGCACCUACAGAUCACUGCUUUGUCUUAAAGCAUCCCCAGAUUCAAAAGGAAUCACAAUAUAUCAAAUACUUAUGCUGUGAUGAUCGAGCCACCCUGCAUCAGUGGGUAACAGGAAUAAGAAUUGCCAAGUAUGGCAAGACAUUGUAUGAUAAUUACAAAUGUUCAGUGAAGAAAGCUGGCUUGUCUUCUCGGUGGACAAAUCAAGGGAUGGUGGAACCAGCUGCCCCCACAGGAUCCUUAUCAGCAGGAGCUGUUCAUGCAAAUGGACAGAUUCCCCGGGUCGUUCUUCCCUCCAGUGCAGAAGUUGCAGAGACUCAGAAGAAAGUGGAUCCACCAGAGGCUCAGGCAAAUGACAUCAGUGCAGCCGGCCUGGCACCACCAGCGCUGAGGCAGAAACAGUUGAAUAAGAGGAACUCGCUGCAGCCUCCUCCUCCACCUGAACGGCGGUCGUCUGCUGUGAGCGCUUCACCGGUCCUACCCUCCAAAGUGAAACGAGACAGCGGUAUUUUCCUAACAGAUCCAGAAAGCUUUCCGGCACCACCGCCUUCCCUGAUGCUCGAUUUGCCACCACCGCCAGCACCAGCUGACCUCUGUGAACCUCCUCCCGAUUUUGUGCCUCCGCCGCCACCCCCAUCCAGCAGCAGCAGCAAUGCAGACCUGCCGCCACCCCCUCCGCCUCCACCCGUCUCCAAUAAGCCUCCACCUCUGACAAAGAAACCUGUGCCGCUCCCUCCAAAAAGGCAAGGGAACGUGGCACAAGAUGGAGAGCCGAGAGCAGCUGGGUCGCCUCAGAUUGGGGGUGGAGGCAGGCAAGCAGAUUUCAUGUCUGACCUAAUGAAAGCUCUUGAGAAGAAAAGGGGCAGCAGCUCCUGAUGUGAGGACAGGUGGACUUUAAGCCAGAGCUGCUGUUGCGUCACCGAAGGUCGUGCUGGAUCAGGCCCUACCACCAGAGGAAUUCUCUGAGAGUUCCCCCUGGGGGCUCCAAGAAGUGAGGGGGAUGCCUUCUGUCCCCCACUUCACACCCACAACCUGCUCCUUCCUCACCCCACACCCCCUAAUGAGCCCCCAGCAGCAGGAUGAGGUCAGAAAUUGGCUGCAGCCUUUUUCUGCACUCCGUCGUGUGGUGGAGCAGCGCUCAGUGCUGGCCAGCGAGUCGCAUACUUCUGUGGCUGCCUCUUCUGUACAAUUAGAGCCAAAAGAAACCACACAACAGCAGUCUUGUGUCUAAGAAGUGGGAUCAUCCCUUUUAACAGAUUUCCACUCAAGGGUUCUCUGUUAGAAAACCCCACGCUAUUUUAUUUUCUCAAUCAAAAGAUACCCCCCCUCCUUUUUU